AUGCCUCGCGGCGAGCACCAAGAGCCCGCGUCCGGGCCGCCGGGUGAUACGAUCGACGACGAAAGGACUGGGGCCACCCUUCCAACCAUCAGCUCGAGCUCCCGCUCUGCACCUAGUGAGAAAUGCGAUGCGGCGUGUUGCAGGAAUGGCAGUGGCUGGCUUCGCUACCAGCACGCGUUGACAGAUUACGCGAAUGGGCCGGGCGUCGACACUCUGGUGGGCGCAUGGUCUACCCUGAAGGUAAGAAUCGAUAUCGCAGCCGAGCGGCUCGAACGCUUUUGUCUCGCGCGUUGGCGUGAUCUGAGCCCCAGCGUUCGCGAAAAGCUGGAGUCGUGGUCGCCAGCGGCCAGGGAACUUUGGGAGUCGGACUUUGCCAAGCACCAAGAAGCUCUUGUCCAAGUUUGGAUAUGGCGCUAUGUUGAGGAAACCCUUUUCUUCUUCUCGAAUAGCACUGCAUCGCCUGACGGCGACGCCGCGUGCUGCUCCCCAGUGUGGGAACACGUACGAACUCUCACACGGGACCUGCAGCCUGUGCGUACUCUGAAGCAUGACGAAUACCUCGAAAACGUCUGCCGCAUCCAGUUCAACGGAUGGCGUCGUAUAACCGAACAUCUUGUCCGGAUGGGCCUGGGACUGAAAGAGUUUGCCACGCCGGCGGUCCUAAUGGCGCACUGCAAGAAAUCGCUCCGUCAGCUCCUUGUCGACGGCGAAACUCAACUCCCAGAUUUGGCCCACGAUGCGGACUGGAGAGCUAGGGGCGAUGGACAUGACGCCAUAGACAAGAUGAGCUUCGCCCUCAAGAGGGUGUUCGAGUCUGCGCUCAAGGUUCAGUACUGCAUUCAUGGCUUGGAAGGAACUUACAGUCUCCGAUUUACCCCUAUCGACUCGGACUCGGACCAGCCUUGGGGGUUCCCGUUCGAAGAUGGACCAAUGCGGUUGUUUAACCCCCCCGAGCUCAACCCCUUGAAGGACGACGGUGGGCUGCCAUCCGUGCAGCUUGUCUGUGUACCAAUGUUGACGGUUAACAAACGCUACGACGAGGGUUUCGGCAAGGUCUUCACUCAAAAGGCUCCGAUGUCUGUCGUAACACCCCGGGUUUUCGCUGGGGAAGAGGCAUGGUCCAAUUGCAAGGAGUACGUGGAAAAACGCCGUGCUAAGAGGCGUCGGAUAGAAGCCGAUACUAGGAGGGCGGCGGGGCAGCCGGCCGAAGGGCAGCUCAAGGGGGUCCGGAGAUCAGGGAGGAGCGGCAGGAUCAAGGUAAACCGGGAACGAGCGGUGGAAGCGCAGCAGUCGGCGCAGCAGAAGGCAAUGGAAAGGCUACAGGCCGAGCAGCAAGCCGAGGCGGACGAACUCUUGGCCAAGCAGAAGACGGAGGUGGAGGCGCUGCAGGUCAAGCAGGCGGCAGCGGGAGCACGUCUGGCCAAGAAGCAGGCGAGGGCGAAAGCUCUUUUGGCCAAGGAGCAGCAGGCGGCAGCAAAAGCGUUGCUGGCGAGGUAGGGAGACACUUGGAUAGGGAGCAGGCCAGAGCAGACGAGGAAAUUUCAAGAGGGAGCGGAUGCGGGUAAGGUUGCGGAAAGAGCGAAAAAUACAACCAAGGGGAAGGGGAAGGGGAAGAGGAAGGGACGGUGUGGACAACAGGAGGUUGUGGGGGUUUUGAAAUUUUAAAGGGUUGGUGAAAGGGGUGCCGUGGAGGUAGGCAGAGGAAGGUGCGAACCGUGUUGUCUUCUUCGUAGUAUGCCAUAUGGACUACUGUGUAAAGAAACUCU